AUGAAUAAUAGACAACACUUGAUUCAAUCAGAUUCAACCACAUAUCUCAAAGGAUCAUUGGGUCAAAUCUUCAUGGGAACAUUUUCGUCGGGAUAUCUUACUGCAAGUCGGCACGGAUUUGGUGAAUGGGAAUUUCCUAAAUUGAAAGACGCUCUUCAAUUUUCGCCAAGUGCAGAUCAUUACUCAUGUUGUUGGACUAAGGAUUUAGUGACACAAAAGCCUCUUCUCUGUGUGGCAGGAGUUGAUGCAAAAAUCAAGAUUUUUGAUGUACUUACGGGGAAACUUUUAAUAGUGAGUACUUGUAGGACAUGGAGGGCAUCCUGUUCUGAGGAUACUACAAUUCGAAUAUGGAGUUUAGAUCCUAAGCAUGAGAAAUAUCCUUGUGCUGCAAUAUUAUCAGGAGGUCAUAAAGCAACUAUUCGAACGAUUGCUUUUCAUCUAUGUGGAAGAUAUUUAGUAUCUGGGGGUGAUGAUCAUGUCAUAAGUCUUUGGACAUUACCCAAUUUUCCGGAUGAAAAUACUGGAACAAAAGUAGCGACACAAAUUCAGUAUCCACAUUUUACAACAUCAGAAAUUCAUACAAACGCAGUUGAUUGCGUCUACUUCUACAAUGAUUCCAUCCUUUCUCGUGGCCCAACAGAAAACUGUAUCGUUCUAUGGGAUAUCACGGGAUUUGAUUCUGAAGGACCUAUCCCUGGAUAUGAUAAAGCUCCUAUACAACAUGAGGCUGCUGAUGGAAAGUAUACUUUAACUUGUUUUACGGAUCCAAGUAAAUCUGAUUGUUAUGUCAGACUUAUUGAAUUUUCCGCCCCAGAAACCGGAACCCUCUGGAUAAGAUUCUCAUUCUUCCAAGGUCUUCCAAUCCCAGAAUCAUCAUCCACCAGCGAUCACAACCAUGACACCAACCAAAACCCCAUCUCAAACAGUCGAAGUCACCCCAUCCUCGCAAUAAGUUCCUACACCUCCAAGAUCUACUUCUGGGAUCUCCACCGUCUCACCGCCUAUAAUAAAUACAUCCGUUCCCUCCCAUCCUAUCUAACCUCCAAAACCGAACCCAAACCCAAAUCAUAUCCUGACCCCCCCGAACCUCAAGGCCUUUCGUACUCUUCAAUCUUCGGUUUACCAUCGGGUCAACAAACUCCUAUUCCUGAGGAACAAAUCCCUUCUCCUGUAAAACGCCCUCCAUUUCUAACUCCUCAUCGUCCUCGAAAUUAUCGUGGAGCAAGAGCAGGAGCAGCAACAACAACAACAACAGGAAUAAAUCUCAAAUCCAUCACCAACAGACUAAGAGAAACAAGUCCCUCCAGUAUCUCCACAACAUCAACAUCUACCCAUCCCCCCUCUCACUCUCACUCCUCUUCAUCUCAACCCCCAAACCCACAAACCCCCCAAACCCUCGAUAAAAUCCCCACAACCCGUACAGACAUAAACCUCUGGAAUGAAAAAUACUCCCUCAGACAAAAAUAUCCUUUAAAACCUCUCAAAGCACAUAGGGUAGAGACGGUAAAGGGGUUUGGAUUUUUAGGGAGGGGGGUCGCGUGGAGUAGAGGGGGUGAGUGGUGUGUAGUUGCUGGGGGGUUGGGGGUUGUUGGGUGUUUGGGGAGGUGA